GACACACCCGGCUACUGCAUAUUAACCAAUCGCUGCUUCAAGACACAGACACCAAGGAGGUGUACUUCCUGUGUUUCGCGAGAGAAGAAUGGAGCAGGAGAGAGUUAUGUACUAUAUGUGCCAGGGGGGUCCACAAAAGAGAUCACAUCGACAGUAGAAGGGAGGGGAAAUAACUAAAGCAGUGGAGAGACUUUAAGUUGAUUUAUUAGAGAUCUUUCUGUUCAGCUGCAACCACUGAGAGGAGGACAAGACAGAGAGAAGGAGGAGGGGAAAGAUAAGUGUCAAUCUGUUCAGACUUGUUUGGGAAUUUGAGGAAGGAGGGGAGAGACAGAGAGAGAGACAGCAGGGAAAAGUAAGGAGAGCUCAGGCGUAAACAUUAAGUGUUUCACAAGAUUCUCAGUAUUGAGAGAAAAAUAUAGUUUUGAUUAGUUCGAGCACAUUUGUAUUGUCAACUAAACAAUGUGAGUUGUCAUUUAUUGUGUGUUGUGCAAUCCCAUGCGUUUGAGCUGAACUGGACUCAGUGGGGAGACCUCAGAUCUCCCCAGGAUACUACAUUCAGGUUCUCCAAAUAAUAAAAUGGGAACUAAAAGGCCCAGCUGCACGCCCUUUGACACUUUAACUAAACUCAACACAUCUGAACGCAAGCUUCAGCCAGGUGGAAAAAUCUCCCGCGAUCCAAGUCCAAGGCCAGCAAUGACUGCCCAGUUGGAGAGAGAGAGAGACGGCAACCGGGAGGAAGACAGGAGGAGAGAACGAGAGGCCGAGAAAAUGAGGGACAAAACGAGAUACAAAGAUAUGGAUCCAAGAGAUAAAUCUCUGAAAGAGACCGAGCUCCUGCACCAAGGCCAAGAGAGGGAGAUAGAGAGAGGACCGAAAGAGUGAGGAGGCAGGAAGACGACAGAAGCAAAAAUGGGAGGCCCCUGUACAAAUUUAGAGAAGGAGAGUUUGAGAGAACUAGAAAGGGGGACGAAGAAAGGCGACACUUUUCCCCGGAUGAGAAAAAGCAGUCCAGGUCGCGGCAGAGGAAUGGCACCCACCGUGGAGUUGGACAAAGAGAGGGAGGAAAGAAGGCAGAGAGAUGGGCCGAGAAGAGUAGAGCCAGAUGACCGGGAGAGAGAAAGAGAAAGGACGCGGCAGAGAGAGAGGGAGAGGGAAAGAGAUGAUAUCCGAAGCAGGGGAAAGGCCGAGGGAACAAACACUUUAGGAAGACCCGUAGAAGAUGAUAGAUCACGAAAGAUGAAAAGAUAUCCGGAGCCUGAUGUCGUUUUUCAAGACAGGAGAAGAGAAGGGGGUAAUUCACGGGACAGAAGAGAGAGGGAUGCUGCUAGAAAAAGGGAUAAGCUGGAGCCUAACACGGGAGAGAGGGAGGUCAGGGUGCCUUCUGCACACAGGAGAAGAGAGAGAGAAAUGCCCUCUGAUAGGGGAGAGGGAAGGAGGGACACUAGGAGUGAAGGAGACAGUGAUGAGAGAGAGCGAAAGAAGGAGAGAGUCAGGAUCAAAGACAGGCAGGAGUUGACAUAUCAACACAGCAGAAGUGAGGGGGACAACAACGGGAAAAAACAGGGGGAUAGAGAACAAGACAGGCAAGGAUACAAGGAAGAGGACAGGCAGAGAUACAGGGACAGAGAAGCGGAUCGAACCAGGAGGAAGGGAGGGGAAAAAGAGAGAGAGAGAUACAGAGAGGCUGACAGGAGAGUGGAGCGGGAGGGAGACAGACGGAAAGAAAGUGCGAGAGACUUGAAGGAUGACAGGAGAGAGGAGGACAGAUACAGAGAUCGUGGCAGGGAAACAAAGGAAAGAGAGGCUGAUCCGAGACGGGAUGAUGCGACAAGCAGUAGAAGUAGAUCCCAGAACGAGACGGACCCUAGGGUGCCCCCACGAGCCCAGAGCAGCGGAGAGUGGAGCAGCGACAUGGACAGUGAUAAGAGAAACAGGAGAGGCAGAGACAGUUAUGAGGAGUCGGGAAAAGAGAGUGACAGAGACACAGAAGACCAAAGAAACCCAGGUGCUGGAAGAAGUCAAAGCAGGCAAACAAGAAGUGAGAGACAAGAGAGAGACAGGGGAGAUAUGAAGGGGCAAAGAAGGCUGUGGUUAGAGCCAGAGGGGGACAAGAAUAGGAAGGACGAGUUAGAAGACAGACAAAGGGGGAAAGAGAGGAGGAGAUAUGAAGAUGGACAUUUCGAGUCACAGGCUGAGUGGGAAAGGGAGGGACGGCGAGUAAAAGAGGAACCAUGUGAGAAAUACUUGCCCGAAAGCAGUAAUAGAGGAAGGAAUGAAGGGAGGAGUAGGAACAGGGGGGACACGGGGAGUGAGGGUGUUAAUGUAGAUGGAGAGGACGUGGGUGAAGUCUGGAGAGAAAGAGAUAAGAGAGGGAUGUCUGACAGUGAUGGAGGGAUAGAGAGAAGACAGCGGAGAGACGCAGAAGGAGAGAGUGUGACAGAUAACACAGGGGACAGCGACAGAGAGGAAGAGGGGGGGAGAAAUGACAGAGCCCAAAAAGAUAGUGAGACAGGGUGGAGCGGAGAGAGAGACAGAAUACAGUCAGGAGAGGAAGGCUUUGUGACCUUGUCCAGCGGAGGAGACGACGAGGAUGAGAGAGAGGAAGAUGAAGAAGAGGAGUUUGAAGACUGUCGGGAAUUCUUGGAAAGUUCACAUGAUGCCCUCCAGAUGCGUGAGGGGGGAGAUAAGAAGGGAUGUACAGUGGGAAAGGAGGAGGGGGUGGAUGAAGACGAGGAGGAGAAGAAGAAGCAAAAGUAUGUCUUCUGUGUGAUUGCGCAAACUUUGCCCAGGUCAAACACCAGAAAGUCCCCGUCACAAGGUGAUCACAUGGGAGGGGAGGAAAGACACAACCCAAAUAUGGAGAGUCGUGAUGAGGCCACA